CAGUGCCUUCAUGUCUCUGUGGGCCGUCACCUUCCUGGAGUUCUGGAAGAGAACCUGUUCAAGCCUGUCUCACCGCUGGGACUGCUCCGAAUUCCAGGACAUCGAGGAGCGACCUCGCCCGGAGUUCACGGCCAUGGCGCCGAUGACGAUCAGGAACCCGGUGACGGGAGCGGAGGAACCCUACUUUCCUGAAAAUAAACGAAUCAACCGAACGCUGACCGGCUUCAUGGCCAUCAUCAUCAUGGUUGCUGUUGUGCUGAUGUUCCUCAUGGCCAUCAUCCUGUAUCGCACCAUCCUGACCAUCGUUAUCGACAAGUCGGACACCGCUUUAACCGGCUUUGCCUCAAGGAUAGCCAGUAUCACAGGAUCUGUGUUGAACCUGUUGGUGAUCCUCAUGUUGUCCAAAGUUUACACCUCGCUGGCUCACAUCCUCACGCGCUGGGAGAUGCACCGGACUCAGUCUAAAUAUGAAGACAUGUUCAUCCUCAAAGUGUUCAUCUUCCAGUUCAUCAACUUCUACUCGUCUCCGGUUUACAUCGCCUUCUUCAAAGGCAGGUUUGUUGGUUAUCCUGGAAAAUACAACACUCUGCUAGGAAUUCGCAACGAAGAUUGUGGAGCCGGGGGAUGCCUCGUUGAAUUGGCUCAGGAGCUGCUGAUCAUCAUGGUGGGAAAACAGCUGAUCAACAACAUCCAGGAGUUCCUCUUACCGAAGCUGAAGUCGUGGUGGCAGAAGAGGAACAGAAGUCCUCGGCUGAAGGAGGAGAAGGGGGAGAAAGAGGAGAAAGGGAAGGGGGAUGAAGAGGAGGAAGGGAAGGAGGAGGUUUGUCCCUGGGAGGCAGAUUACCAGCUGCUGGUCUGCGAGGGACUCUUCAGCGAAUACCUGGAGAUGGUGAUCCAGUUUGGUUUCAUCACCAUCUUCGUGGCGGCGUUUCCUCUCGCCCCUUUCUUCGCUCUCAUCAAUAACUGGGUGGAGAUCCGCCUGGAUGCUCAGAAGUUUGUGACUGAAUAUCGCCGCCCGGUGGUGGAGCGAGUGCAGGACCUCGGCAUCUGGCUACCCAUCCUGCAGCUCAUCACACACGUGGCCGUUUUCAGCAACGCUUUCCUCAUCGCCUUCACCUCGUCCUUCCUGCCUCGCCUGUACUACCGCCACACCAGAGACAGCAAUCUCAAUGGCUUCAUCAACUUCACUCUGGCAACAUCACCAAGCAACAACACACGGUGCAGGUAUCUGGAUUUGAGGGACGAAGAAGGACACUACCUCCCUGAGUACUAUCACCUCCUCGCCAUACGACUCGCCUUCGUCAUCGUGUUUGAGCACGUGGUGUUCUUCAUCGGCCGAAUGAUCGACCUGAUGGUUCCCGAUGUCCCCGAGGAAGUGGAGAUGAAGAUCAAGAGAGAGCAUUACCUGGCUAAAGAAGCGCUGGCUGAGAACCAGGUUCAGAAAACCUGCUGCAGUCCAGCUGCAGCGACCGGGGGUUCGACUCCGGCCUGAGGGUCUUCCAAACUCACUCAUCCCCUUCAAAUCUGUCUGUCCUGUAUCCAAUGUUUUGCUCACUGCAUAAGAGAAUUAUUUGACCUCUAUUUUAUUGUCUUGUUUUUUGGAACGUAUUUGGUCCCAUUAGUCCAAUGCACAUAUCUUAUUAGAGAUAGAUCAUUUAUGUUCAGCGCUCCUUCAGAUUGGAAUACCUUACCACCAAACAUACGAUGCUUUCAUUCUUAUUUUGCUGUGAAUUGUACCUGCUUUUGAUAAAUCAGCACAUACAAACUCUUCAUGAACUCUCUGUGGACACACACUUGGACAAUGUGUGUGUUGUGAUUGUAGUAGUCUGUUGGUUGUAUUGUGACUUGAUUUGUUUGUUUUUUACUGUCUUGAUGUUACAAGCCCCUUGAAAACGAGAGGGUUCAUCUCAAGGGGUUGAUCCUAAAUAAAUACAUUUAAGUUCA